AUGAAUGCCAGCAAGACUCGCCAUCGAACCGAACGUGGAGCCCGCUCCAAAAAUGGCUGUCAAACGUGCAUUAGUAAGAAAGUGAAAUGUGACGAGCAACGUCCACAUUGUCGUCGGUGCAUUCGACUCCAAUUGCAAUGUGAAUGGACAACUCAACCACCUUCUUUGUCUGCCAGAAGACGGGGAUUUGGGCCUAUCAAGAGCCGAGAAUCUUGGGCCCCUCGAACGAUACAGCCGAGGGCACGAGACCAACUUGAGCACAUAGUCUCAGAUGAACCUUCACAGGUCGAGGAGACCAGUGACUCUGUGAUCGAGCCACCAAAUCCUGGCCCUGGUCACUUCCCCGAGGUGAUGUUCAACACCUGGCCUACCAGUACCGAGGCAGUGGACAAUCCAAUUAAUCAAAUAAAUACCGGAGUCACAUUUGUGCCAGACAUCCAGAUGCCAAUUACUCCCCAAUUCCCUCUGCCAGUACUUACACUGCCCAAUUUUUUCGCCCCGUCUACUCUCUUUACCAGUGAUAUCGAGAUUCGAUCUCCUUCCUCUCUCGGAGAAAGCGAUUUCCGAGCGGUGUCAUUUCAUCGGGCCGUAUUUGCGCCUCUCAAGUCAACUCAAAAGCCAGCUUCAUCGGCACAUUUCCUAUUUCUUGAUCUUGGAAUACGUAAUUCCAUGAUUUUGGAUUUCAUUCUUGCUGUUUCCCACAAUGAAUUAUCCAUUCGUCUUGGAUCCAGUCAGCAACCGCCACCGGAGUCAUGGAUCCACUUCCAACACGGCUCUCAAAAGUUGACCCUCGCCAUCAACUCAUCUCUUCAUUCAGAUCAUGUCGGUUCAAUGCUGUCCAUGUUGUACAUAUACAUGUUCUGGUUGAGAGUCUUGCCCCUCAAUUACCAGAAGCUACGUGGACUUAGCUUGUUCGUAUGCAGCUAUGUCAAAAGCUUCGACCUCGAUGGGCUAUGUGCAAGCUCUAGCUCAUUGCUCGACACUACGCUUCUCUCGCGAAUUCUCACCUACCUAUAUGAUCGUGACGGAUUCUGUGCCUUCUUCGGCUGUGGCGGUGCUUUCGCAAGCUACGUUAGUCAAAACCAGGAAAAGCGAAAGACAAUUUGGCAGUUGUCAAGAUCUGUAUUUACUUCUUCACGUGGCCUUCCUACAUCUUUUACUAUGUCCGGAACUUCAGAUCCACCUGACUCACACAUUCUUACGCUCUAUUUCGAGCUCAUAUCCAUACAUCAUGAUAUAAACCGCUAUAGCCAAGCCGUUGAAGCCCAAACGGUUCAUUGGCUGAGAAGGAUCAAGAGGAACCUCGCCCAGGCGCAAGAGGAUUUUAUAUUUGUGUGGUCUUUGCUUGCCGACUGCAAAAUGAAUCAGCGUGUGCCACCUUUAAUGGCUCUCGUUGCGGUUACAUUCUUCCACGCCAUCCAGAUAUAUUUAUUCCGCAGCCGUGACUCAUACUUUGGCCAACUCCCAAUUUCUAGCGAGAUCCAGCGAACUCUCAACGAGCUUAUUGCUACAGCUUAUCAAACCGUUGCGGCAGGGCCAGUACAGCUCCUAGAGCGAUUUCAAUGGUCACUCCUUAUAGCCGGGGUAGAAACACACGAUCCAGUUCAUCUGGACUGGAUCUUUGGCAUCCUAUCCGAUCCAAUUUUGAAAGCGAUUCUCAAGCAUGUUAAGAGGCGGCAAGCAAUAUAUCCCGUCUCAAUGGACGAAAUAAGAAAAGUCGUUGACACAAUGAACCACGAGCAUCCAUGA